CUUUUUUAUCAUUUGUUUGCCUUUUUCUUUUUAUUUUUCCUAUAUAAAAUAUAUUAAUGUCACAAAACAUCAAUCCUGACCGUCCUUUACUUGUAGGUCCUGAAGUACCUACCGACCCUUACCCAUUUACUAUCUCUGGUACUGUCGUGAAAGGUUUUGGUCGAGGGUCUAAAGAAUUAGGGAUUCCUACAGCCAAUCUCAAUGAAGAAGCCUUGGAGAAAAUGUAUAAAGGAUUGGAUGUUGGGGUAUAUUAUGGAUGGGCUCAAGUUGGACCAGUAAAUUCAACAGUGUAUCCUAUGGUAAUGAGUCUUGGAUGGAAUCCUUAUUACAAGAAUGAAAAACGAUCAGCAGAAGUGCAUAUCUUACAUGAAUUCCCUCAAGAUUUCUAUGGUAGUGAAAUGCGUGUGAUUGUAAUGGGAUACGUCCGUCCUGAGCAAAAUUAUCCUUCACUUGAUGCUCUUAUCUGUGAUAUUCGAACAGAUGUAGAAGUAGCGAAACAUUCUUUGAAACGAAAAGCAUAUGAUGAAGCUCGAAACAAUCCAUUAUUCACCACUGAACAACAAAAUUAGUUUAGAAAUACCACUCUACACUUUAUUUAGAUUAGACUUCAGUUUUUUUUUACUUGAAAUUAGGAUAGAUUACAUUUUUUUUCCUCUUUUAGAUGAAUAGAAAAUGGAAAAACUGAACCAUAAAGAAAAUAUUCUUAUUAAUAGUACAAUAGCUUUCUCUCUGAUCUAAUCUAUGAGC